AUGUCGACACCGAUAGCAAGGGCGCUUCCUAGAGCUGCGCUUGCCACACGAGGUUCGCGGGCGCCAUCACGAUGUGCCUUUCGUUCGACCACCAAAACGCAAGAUGCAGUUGGCGCUGGGUCGGGGGGUAAGCCCACGGAAGAUUCCGUCACGGAAUUGGACACAGACAGCGAACUAUUAGCCUCAGCCGACACCACAGGUGGCCGCAACAGGAGCCUCCUCUCAACCCGUUUGAGAAAUCGUCAGGCUCGUCGUCAAACAGCUUCUGCUCUCCCUCCAGUCAAGCUUCCCAAUAGCUUUCUCGACGAAAAUGUUUCUAUUUUCUGCGCUGGAAAGCAGCCGCGCCUCCCCGAUGCUCUUAUCGAAGAUGCCAUGCACGAAAAGACUUCGAGACUUCCGAUCAGCCAAAUACCUUCCUCCGGGCAAUCCCGCAAGUUCAUCGAGUCCUAUUUCGAUACCGCCUUAGCCAUCUUAUUUAUGAGAGACUGUGAGCUCUCGAGGGACUUCAACCGCUCACUCAACGAUGACAAAGACUUACGUUGGAGCAAACCGGAACUCAUUGCAAGGGUUGUCCGGAUUUGGGACAUGAUUAUCGAUUCAUCGUGGCGCCUAAUCGACUCAAUCCACCCCGUAAAGCAAGCCGAGUAUACGUUCAAAACAAGACCAUGCUGGUGGUGGGAUAUGCACAAAUAUCUCGAUCCUCGCACGCAAAAGUUGAGAGGACAUUUUCUCUCCCUAUCUACAACCCUCGACAUUCAGCUGAAUCACGCCGAAGUGCUCGAGUACCCUUUAUCGCACGCCCUUGUAGAUUUGCCCGUCAAUACUAUAACCGCCUUGCAAAAGGCACUCGAACGUGAGCUGAAAACCCCGGCGCCAACAAACUUUAACCCAAAAGCUAGCAAACGACCAAUUACGAUCCUUUCCAUGUCUGGCUAUGGAGGGAAAGCCAUAGCCGAAUCUUUGGGACAGCACUUGGCGUUCUGGAAUCAGGCGGAUUUGAUUCAUCUGGAUGCGCAAGACCUAUCAGUCCUGGUUGGCGAUUAUCUGGGUCUGAACUGGGCAUAUACCCGUGGAGCCGUUUCCAUGAUGGGAUUUCGUGCUGCUGAGUUGAACGGCAAACUUGUGCAAGAGCCCAGAAUAUCUUUUAAACCUACGGACGAAGAUGAUGCGGAAGCUGAUGCUGAAGUGAUUGGGAUCCGCUCAUCCACUGAUUCUUUCGAAGACGAGCUCCAGAAAAUCAGACAGGGUGGAUAUGAGUGCUUCAACAGAUGGGAGAAUCUUAAAAUCGACAAAAUCUUUGAACAUGUUAUUCGCGCUUCAGAAAUAAAGGCACCAUCUGGAGCCGGCCGACGUCCUGUCCUGCUUCAUCUUCACGAUAUUGUGGAGAUGAGUAUGACUUUGGAAGGGUCAAUACUUAUUGGGCGACUAAGAGCACUGGUAGACAGUGCUUGGCAACAAGGCAUGCGAAUCGCUAUUAUAGGUACCUCUUCCUCCGAGAAUCCUUCAGACGAAUUCCAGGAUACGACUAGCCAGCUCGCAGCUUUUGACUGGGUCAUUACUCGCCACCUUGAAAUCAACCAAAAAACAGAAGCAGAGAUGAAGCCCUUACAAAACGUGUUCAACUUGCAAAAAGCCGAUUAUUUCUCGGAGAACAUCCGAAACAUCAAUCGGAUGAUUAGAGCAUUGACUCCUGAUCUACUAUCACCGCCAGUUUUGGAUUUCGCCAGCGACUUUGUUAAGAGCUAUCUACGCUCUGGGAACCAUAUGUACUCAAUCUUAUGGGACUCUAUCCUACCCAUACCUGAGGUGUAUAGUCUGGCUCGUGCGUUCAAGGAUUUCGAAGAAACUGAAGAAGGAACAGGGCCUACUGGAAUCCUUGAGCGCUGCGCAAUGGGCCCCCUCAGGCAAAAACAUGGACAACGUUUCCUUGAUGAGGAACAAGGGAAUCAAUUUGCAGAGACUAUCGAACGGGGAAAGAGCCAUGAAGAACCUAGAAUUGAAAGUCGCGUGACAAUGAAGUUGAACGAGUAUGAAAAAAAGAUUUCAUCCGGGCAGAUCAAUCGAGAAAAUCUUCGGACGACCUUUGCAGAUGUUUACGCACCACCAGACACUAUUUCUGCUUUGAAACUACUUACAUCGUUGGCACUUGUGCGUCCGGACGCUUUCACAUAUGGAGUCCUCGCCCAGGACAGAAUUCCCGGCUGUCUACUCUACGGACCACCUGGAACAGGCAAGACUAUGCUGGCCAAGGCUGUAGCUAAAGAGAGCGGUGCCAAUAUGCUUGAGAUUAGUGGUGCUACAAUCAAUGACAAAUGGGUUGGCGAGAGCGAAAAACUCAUUCGCGCAGUAUUUACUCUUGCAAAACGAUUAGAGCCUUGCGUCGUUUUCAUCGAUGAAGCGGACUCUCUGCUUGCAAAUCGUACUUUGUUCAGCAACCGAGCCUCACACCGAGAGCAUAUCACCCAGUUUCUCAAGGAGUGGGAUGGCUUGGAAGAGACCAAAGCCUUCAUCAUGGUGGCCACUAAUCGCCCGUUUGACCUUGACGAUGCCGUGCUUCGAAGGCUACCGCGAAAGAUUCUGGUGGAUUUGCCACUGAAAGAAGACCGGGUCGCGAUUUUGCGACUGCUACUUAGGGGUGAAUCCUUGGAUGAAUCCGUGUCAUUAGAAGAGCUGGCCAGACGGACCCCGUACUAUUCAGGAUCGGACCUGAAGAGCAUGUGUGUCGCAGCUGCCAUGGCCGCUGUAGAAGAGGAGAAUGAAGCUGCAAAGAAGCAUCAAGGUCCAGCGGCCUACCGGUAUCCGGAGCGUCGCAUACUGCAUGGGAGCCACUUCGAGAGUGCUUUGCACCAAAUUCCCGCCAGUAUAAGUGAAGACAUGACUUCGCUAAAACAAAUUCGAAAGUUUGAUGAGGAAUAUGGCAACGGCCGAAAGGGUUCAAGGGCGAAGUCGUCGAUGGGGUUUUCUGUACUCGGAAACAAGGCAUAUGCUGACAGCAACGAGGCGAGGAUACGUCCUUGA